AUGCUGCAGUGUAUUCGGCAACCAAUUGAUGUAAACUGUGUUUCUCUGACAUGGGCGCAAGAAGCUCUGUUCGUAGUAUGUCUUGACGAUGAGGAUCGAAAAUCCAUACCGCCAAGGACUUGGCCGAAAACAGAAGAUCAUGAAAGGGAUCUUGGCGCAAGGGGAAAGCAUAUCCUGACUGGAGGAGGUAGUCGUGGGCACGGACUCAAUCGGUGGUACGACUCCACUAUUCAACUAGUUGUUGGUAGCAGCGGUACGAAUGGUCUAUGCAUAGAGCAUUCGUCGGCAGAAGGAAUAGUCAUCAUCAAUAUGGCAGAAAGCGCACUUCGAUAUGAACGAGAAAAUAGGAAACGAACAUUGGUAUCAAAGAAUUAG